GUCCACUAGCUUUAGGCUAGCUUGCACAGGCUGGAAUUCGCACAGUUGGAAAGGAAACUUCGGAAAGAAUAUUCUUGACUGGAUCAGAAAUGAACAACAGCAAACACUCUUCCAACAUUACGAACUGCAGUGAUUUGCGUAACCCAACUGUGACCAGAAUGGUCAUUCCCCUCUUGUAUGUCAUUGUCUUCAUUGGAGGAUUCCUGCUGAAUGUAUUGGCUGCCUGGAUCUUCUGCCAAAUACCAAGUCAGUCCAGCUUUGUGAUUUACCUCAAAAACAUUGUGGCAGCUGACCUGCUGCUGGUAGUUACACUUCCGUUCAAAAUCCUCUCCACUUCACCUCACCGGAUCUGGCAGUUGGAAGCCUUUGUGUGUCGUUACUCUGCUGUCAUGUUCUACACUAGCAUGUACAUCAGCAUAAUAUUCCUCGGCCUGAUCAGCCUCGACCGGUACCUGAAGAUUGUGCAACCUCAGAAAAUCCUCGUUGUGCAGAAAGUAACAGUUGCCAAAGCGAUCAGUGUGGGAUGCUGGGUGUUCAUGCUGAGCUUUGCCCUGCCAAGUAUUGUUUUGACCAACAAGGUCCCCACAGUACAAACUGCAGCAGCAUGCAUGAAGCUCAAAAGCAAGAUGGGGGUCGCUUGGCAUCAUUUUAUAAUUAUCAAAUGCAAAGUUAUUUUCUGGAUUGUGUUUGUCCUUCUCACUCUGUGUUAUUUAGCCAUCUUAAAGAAAAUAUAUUGGUCCAAACAAAAAUUUCAGAAGGACUCUAGCACCGUGGUAAAGAAAGCUAACCGCAACAUUUUUAGCAUCCUGGGGGUCUUCUUCGUCUGCUUUGUGCCGUACCAAUUUAUCAGGAUCCCUUACGACAGAAGGCGAUUGACCAAGCAUGACUGUGCAACACUCAACAGCCUGUAUUAUGCGAAGGAGUUCACACUGUUCCUGUGCGCAUUUAACGUUUGCCUCGAUCCAGUCAUCUACUUCCUUCUGUGUAAAUCCUUCACCAAACUGCUGUGUAGAAAGUUGAAACUGAAAAGAAGCCUGACCAUCAAAACGGGUGAAGUGAGGAACAAACCACAGUCCAGUAACACCUCCAACCAAUCCCCCAUUUCCAGCCAAGUAAUGGUCGAACUUGUCAAGACAAAUUCUUCCCGACUUCCCUCUGAUAAAAGUACCAUGAAAUCUAUUCGGAUCAACAUACCACAGAAGUCACCAGCAGUUUCAACGUUAUCCUCUCAAGUUGAACAAAAUGAAAAGGGCACAAAAGCAUUAUACGUCUCUCACAUUUUCUAACCACCCACCCAAGAGAGCCAAUAUUUUCCUCCAAAAUUCCUCUGGCGAUAACUCCUCAUUUACUUUCUUGAACUUUCCUACAAUAAGUGUGUUUAGUUAAUUCCUCCCAUUUCCCAAAUGAUGAUCAAGGAAAGCAUAAUUAAGUGGGUCACAAUCGAACAUAAAAGAAACAUAUCCAUUCGUUGUUCCCCCCAACCCCCAAAAUGGUCCGCUGUCUGCCAGGUGGCGAUGGCCCCAAUGGGUUCACCAACAGGCCUUUACAAUGGAAAGCAAAGUGCUUUGGUAAUUCUACACCUCAUCAAGUUGGUGUCAGAUACCACCAAAAUGACGUAUUGUAGUGACUCACCGUCUGAGCAAGCGAACCGGCUCGACGGUCAGGUCGCGCAUCGUCGGAGCAGCGAGGCCCAAGAUGGCGUUGGGCCUUCGUCUUCCCCGAGCGACGGGGAGGACCCGCACGCGGGAAAAGUUUGAUGACGUAGCGCAUAUGUCAUCUCCAUUUUCGGUGGUCGGGAACCGUUCCUCUUAAAAGGCCCGUGCAAGGCGGGAAAAUAAAUUAGU